AAUUUUUUUAGUUUAGGGAUCAAAUCAAAGGUUCGUACAAUAAUUCAGGGACUAAAAUGGGGUUUUAACCUUAUUAUUAUUUUGUUUUCCUUUGUUCCUUGUUUUGUUCCAGAUCACUAAGGAAACCCCAGAGGUAAAAACUCCAAUUCCAUUUAACAAUUAUGGCAUAGCGUUGAACAAGCAUCGUUCACUAAAAAACAAAGAUCACAUGUCCACUGCCAUAUUUACACACUUGGCUGAUCAUCGUCCAAUCUGUCAACGGAUUUCCUCAUGAAACCUUUCCGCCCCAGCUCCUCCUUUUUUAAAUAAUGACAUGGAAGGGACAUCCACCCAUGUGGUCGGUUACUUGCCUAACACGUGGCAAUCAACUAUUGGUGAAAGUGGCUAUCACAAUCAACGUGGGCUCCUCCUGCGGUAGCCUUCCACCGCCCAAAGCAAAGCCUCCAAAAGACAUGGCUUCUUUCUUCCUGCUUAUGGCGACGGGGGUGGCCCGCCACUUUAGAGAGCAUGGAAGGGAACGUAGGAUGACACAUUAUGGGCCAAAAAUCCUCGCCGAUCUCGAGGUGGCACAAUCAGUUGCCUGCUGGCGUACGGUGUUCUCUGGCUUAGUAUGUAUGCAGUAUCCGGAACAGACUCGAGAUUUAUUUUGUGCUCCUCAAGAAUCAUUCAUCAUGGUGAUGAGAAGAUCUCAAGUCUUAUGGGACAAACAAUUUCACGAGAAUAAUAGAAUAGAGGCAAUUCCAUCGGAAAGAGUGAAUAACGAAGGGACUUGCAUUGUCAAACAUAUGACCUGCUAAGAUGUAAAGCGGUGUAGAUUGUAUUCCUUCCCACCGAACAAGUAGUUAGACCUUAAUUGUAAUACAUCAUUGGUUAAAUG